AUGAAGUUCGAGGAUGGCGAGGAGUUUGAGCCCACGGGCAAUGCGUUCCAAGUGAAAGGAGCCUUCGCCAACGCCGCGACCUUAGCUGUGGAUGACCUGAAGAAGGCAAUCGACCCUUCCUUGCCUCCACUUCAAGCGUCCAAGAUCAACAUUUACACCCAGCAGGACAGUAACUGGGUGAAGGAAGAAACGAUGUCAGGAAGUCUGCGCGACACAACUGAGUCAGAUUGCUACGGGUUCACGCUGCCACAAAAGACGGACGAUGUGUAA